AAAAUGCACAUCUGGAUUUCAUUUCGGCAAAGAAAAGCUGGGGGAAUUUUUUUUCAUUUUUUUUUUUUUUUAAUUGAUUUUUUAUUUAUUUUCCUUUCAUCCAGAAAGGAGCUGGCUUCAUGUUGAGAGCUGGUGAGAGGCACACAGAUAGAAUGGCCCGGGUGCAUUUUGAUCUGUGGAGCAGUCCUGUUCCUGGGGUUGGUUGGUGGGUGUGUGUCUGGUCCCCCCCCCCCCCCGCCCCCCUCCCUCUCCGUGUGUCCACUCAGACCUGCAUGUGUGUGAUAACCUGCAACUCUGCCGCACAAAAAGAGAGCAAACUUCGCCCGCGACACUCCAGCUCUGAACUAACUAUCUCAACUGAAUUAGGUCACCUGGGACGGCCAGCGUGCCCCCGCGCCCCCCCCCCCCCCCUGCCCUCCCGGCGCCGCAGUGGGAACUCGUUCUCUCUCCUCCUCACCACCACCAAGGUAAACGAAAAACGACGACGACCGAAAACUCCCCCCGAAAAAAAACAAGCACUGGCCUCUCCUCUCGCCAACCUGCCGCCCCCCCCCUCUUUGACUGCGCCUUGGCAACCCCCCCCCCCCCCUCCUCUCCCUCCUCCGGCAUCCCCACACACACGCUCCGUAACCCCCCCUCUGAUUCAAUGGCAGUGUUGUCGUUGUGGCGGCGGGGGGGUCAGACCCCUCGCAUCAGCCUACAACGCCGCCGUGUGUGAUGGGAGCAUGUGUGGAGAGCUUUUAGGGAGGAGGGGGUCGGGGGGGGGGGGGGUGAAGCUUGCCACGUCUGGACGAACCCUGACCCCCCCUCCCCUGCCCCCCCCGCUGGUCAACUCCUCUCCACCGCCGCAUUCGCCGCCCCUCACCCCCUCCCCCCACACCGGCCGCUUCCCUCCUCCACUUCCUCCCCUCGGCCCCGACCUACUGACCCCAUGCGCCUCUCCGCCGUUCACACAGACACACACUCACACACACACUCUCACACACACACACACACACACACACACACACACACACACUCUCUCUGUCGUGGGCCGCCAAGUGAGUUGUCCGCCAUUUUCUCUGACCGCUGCAGGAAGAAGUCGAGCCUUUUCGUCCGCCCGACAAGCGAGGGAUGAGUAGAUGAGUUUGAGGCCAAGGUGAGUUGGUAUUCCAAGGACCCUCCGUCCGAAGCUGCUCCCUAACCCCACCUUCCUGACCUGGGGGGGGGGGGGGGACCCUGUUGUUUCGUGCGUGAUGAUGGGCAGUAGAAUCGGAGAUCGAUGCUGUCGGUGUUAUAACCCACACAGUUGUUAUUAUUGUUUACACGGGUCAACGGGGGCCGCGGCGACCACAGCUGAGCUACGUCAAGUACAGUGUGGUCGCUUUUAGUCGCCUCGAUUUAAUUACGGUACUGAUCGUUUCUAGUUUCUCAGACACAUCGGGGGGGGGGGGACAAACUAAUUUGUCGCCGCGUGCUGAUUUCGGGGGAAGCGGUUGAAGCACAAAGUGGAACGGGGCUUUUUGGGUUUGCUGGAUGUUGGAUGAAAUGUUUGUGUCGUGUUUACUGUGAAUGACGGUGAUUUGGUGCUGUUGUUAACUGUGUACAGUAUAAAUGCCGUUUGGAUCUGUAUUUCUUUUCAGUUCCUUUCUUUCCAUUUCUCAUGCAAAUCAUGAAUAAAUUCAUUUUUUCUCAUGAAA